AUGGCACAUAAUUAUAUUUCAAAAUUUGAAGUCUUUCUUAGAAAUACUGUAUUUGGUCGCUUCGUUUACUCUUUAAGUAGAGGUAAAUACUUCAAGUCUGCAGAAGAAUAUGCUGAUUAUCAAGUUCCUUCAAAAUACCUUGACCUUGAAUCCAAAGAGCCAAUAUUAGUUGAUUGGGACAGUGAGGAUGACCCACAAAACCCUCAAAAUUGGCCUUUGUCUCUGAGGCUAUUCUUUGUGCUUUUGAACUCAUUCAUUUGUCUAACAGUAUAUAUUGCUUCUGCAAUUUAUACUCCUGGGAUUGAACAAAUUGAAAAGGAUUUAGACAUUUCAUCAACAGUUGCAACAUUACCCUUGUCUUUAUUCGUUAUUGGAUAUGGUAUUGGUCCAUUAAUUUUUGGUCCAUUAACUGAAAAUGCAAAGAUUGGUAGAAUGCCAGUUUAUUUUUGGACAAUUUUUAUGUUUAUUAUCUUACAAAUUCCAACUGCGUUGGUGAAAAACAUUGAAGGUUUCUGUGUCUUAAGAUUCAUCACUGGUUUGUUUGUUGCAGCACCUAUAGGUGUCGGUCCUGCUGCUAUCGCUGAUGUUAUUCCUAUGGCUUAUGUUCCUUUUGCUAUAACAUUCUGGUCUGUUUUCUCUGUUUCUGGCCCAGCAUUGGGUCCAUUAAUCGGUGCUAUUUUUACUGUUAAGGCUACUUGGAGAUGGGUUUUCUGGUUCUUGGUGAUUUUAAAUGGGGUUGGUUUGGCUCUUAUGGCAUUCUUUUUCCCUGAACCAUCUUCAAAGGCCCUUUUAUAUAAAAAAGCUUUAAUUUUAAGAAAGAAAACUGGAAAUGAAAAUAUUACAAGCUCAGGUGAAAUUGAAUUGAAACAUAUGAGCACAAAAGAAGUAAUCAUUGACACACUAUGGAGACCUUUCGAAAUUUCAAUCAAAGAACCAGUUGUUCUAUUAAUUCAUCUUUAUAUUUCAUUGAUGUAUGCAAUCACUUACCUAUGGUUUGAAGCAUUUCCUAUCGUGUUCUUCCAAACUAAAAAAUUUACAUUAGUUACAAUGGGUGUUACUUAUAUUUGUAUUUUUGUUGGUUGUGUUAUUGGUGCUUCAGUUUAUAUUCCAUGGUCUUACAAAAUAUUUACCAAACCAAUGUUGAAUAAUGAAAUGAUUAGUCCUGAAGUAUUUUUACCUUUGACAAUAGUGGGAUCAAUUAUCAUGCCUAUAGGUAUGUUCAUCUUUGGCUGGACUUCAUCUCCUGAAAUCAAUUGGUUUCCUCCAAUUUUAGGAGCUACAUUGUUCGUUUUUGGAUCUUUCUUCGUUUUUCAAACAUUAUUCAAUUACUUGAGUAUGUCAUUCUUCAGGUUUCUUGCUUCUGUAUUUUCAGGAAAUGCAGCAAUCAGAUCAAUUUUUGGAGGUGUCUUCCCCUUGUUUGGAAGUGCAUUAUUCAAAAAUACAGGCUCUGAAAGAUUCCCUGUUGGAUGGGGUUCAAGCAUCUUAGGAUUUAUAUUUAUCGGGAUGAUUGCAAUCCCUGUGCUGUUUUAUUUUAAUGGUCCCAAGUUAAGAGCAAGAUCCAAAUAUGCUGGACUUGGUGAUAUGGGUGAUAUGGAUGUUGAUACCCAGCCAGAACCAAUUUCUGAUGGAAAAGAAUCGAUAAUAAGUCAUGUUUAA